UAAUUUGAUUACUCUAUGCAAGGUCUUAUUGAAAUUGAACCUAAAUAAUAUUUAGAAUUUGAAGCUGAAGAAAACAAAUUAGCACAUGCACAAUUAUCCCUUAAAAAUUUAACAUAACAAGAUGUUGCAUUCAAAGUAUUAUUAAUUUUCAAAUAAUAUAGAUAAAAACAACAACACCUACAUUGUUUCAAGUAAAACCAAGUGUGGGUAUUAUCAACACUAAUUAAACUUAAAUAAUUGAAAUAUCAACAAGUCAACCUAUAAAGAGUGAUGCUAAAUUUGAUCCUAAAUUUUAAGUUAAUGCUUGUUAAAUUGAUUUUCAAGAUUAAGGUAAUUGAUAUUAAAUAUAUAUAAUCAUUUAGAUCUGACUUAAUUUUGGAAAAACAGAGAUUAAUCAACAAUUUAAUCUUAAUAAAUUAAAAGCAGAAUAAAAUAAUAGAAUGUUUAACAAGAUGUUUAAUAUCAUAAUUCAGUUCCUGAUUCUAAAAUUCUUGAAUCAAAUUCAAGUACUUCAUAAUAAUAAGAAUCUAAAAUGUUCAAGUCUGUUAUUGAACCAAAAACAGAUAAGGAUGACUAAAUUAAACAAUUUUAAGAUUAAUAUGAAAAGCUUGUAAAUAUUUAUAUUAUCUAAUAAUAUAGUAAUAAGAAUAUCUAGAUUUUAAAAAGAAAAUAGAACUUGAAACUUAAUAAGCAUUAUUAAAAAAGGGUAAUUCAAAUAUCACUAAUAAUUAGAUAAAAGUAAUCUGA